AACCCUGAUACCUCCAUCUCUCUCUCUUCUCUAACCAUUUCCUCCUCCAUGUCGACAAGAGUGCAAGACGAACAAAGGAAUGUGCGACUGGUGGAUUUAGACAGGUAGAUGCAUAAAAGUUAGCCGUUGGUAGCAUUAAGCAAGUAUUUGUGGACGAAAGACGAAAUUCAGGUUUCUCGAGUCAUAUCCGGGUGGGUGGUGGUGGUGUGUGGGAGGGAGGACAGAAAGUGAGUGAGAGAAAUGGAGGAAGAUUAUGCUACCAGCAGGUUAUUCCAGCUCUCGGGUUAUUCAGCGACAGAUUCACCCAGCCAUACGCCUAAUAAAUAUUAAUCUUCCUCAGGCCCGUAAAAAGGAAAGAAAAAAAAAAAAAAAAGCUUCUGUCGCUCGCGCAGACCCUCUUCCCUCAUUUGUCGACAGAAUCAGCCAAUCAGCAAGAAGCUAGCGUCCCAGCUGAUCUGGCUAACGGUUCUAACCGUUAUGUAACGGUUACCCUAUGCUAGGAUAGUCUUUGUCCUCAGUUUUUCUACUGAAUUGACUGAAAAGUGAAAAAACUGAUAAAAUAAGUCUAUGUUUGGAAGAAUGGUGAUAGAAUAAUGAAGAGAUAUCGAAAAGGUAUGAAUCAAAGGGAAAUAACGUGGAUGUUUCAAGAAGGGACGCAACUGGGAUAGAUAGAAAGGAAGGGGGGUGAGGACGAAGGGGACGGAGGAUAGAGAGAAAGGCGCGGAAGGGGAAGGAUGGAGGCUGGGGAAGCCACCGGAGAGAAGGAGGAGAGUGGGUGAGGUGGAGGAGGGGUAGGAAGAAGCCGGGCCGCGAAUAGGAUACAAGCUCGCCUCCGUCAUUCACGCAGCUUAUAGCGCACGGAAAUGAAAGAUAUUCCGCAGACCGGAAAGCCGCAGCAUCAGCAGCAGUCCCCUGGCCGCCACAGCACCUACACCGCCACCGGCGCCGUCCCACGACACCAGCAGCAGCGACUGUGACGAGCGACAUCCUCCUCCUCGUCGUCGUCUUCUUCGUCUUCAAGGAAACGGAAACACUUUCGUCGCGUGGACUGCACGGGGACAUGGGGGUAUCCUCACCCACCCGAGGCACGGGAGUCAGGCGCGUGGUCUGACACGAUCGUCAUCACAAGGGGGGUGGGGCGAGAAGACAGGACGAGACGAGAGCAGGAAGCCAGGACUCGCGGAAAGAUGCUGACAGACCGGCAACAGGAAAACGGACGGAAGAGCGGAAACGAGAGGUUUGUGAAAACAAAGGAAUUGGUGUUGAGAGAUUGUUUUGCUGUGGGCUUAAGGCUUUAGUGGAGGAGAGGUAGUCGUGGUCAUGGUACCUGCGGUUUGUUCACGGUGCAACCAUGCAUUCAAAAUGGAAAUCGACUUCUUGUGGCCGCCACACCUGGCUGCAUUUAUUUCACUUGUUUGAACUCAUGAUAAAUUAAUCCACAGCAAGGAGAAAGUUUAAGUCUUUACUUCUGUAGCUGUGAUUUCAAACCGGAUUUUUUUCUGAGACAUUUUCUUGUGGAGAAAAAAAAAAGCGUUGGAAAAACUUUCCGGAAUAAAAAAUUGUGUCCAAAGAAGAAAAAAAGUUAAUUACUUAUAGUUUAUGUUUCUGAAACUUUAAGUGUUUGACAUUGUAAGGGAGGAGAGAGAAAAAGGAAAACAAAAGAGCACAGUAACAGUGAACUAAAAAGAAAAAUUUGCUCAGACAUUUGUCUGCGUCAUCCCCUCCCCUGUUUUUCAACUGACCUAGACCUGCUUUGGGCAGCUGUUAUUUUUUUCUAGUUCUUUCGUCCAUGUUUGCCGCAAGGCAUCUUUGUCAGAAGGAAUGAUUCACUCGAGAUGAGGAAAAAAUAGAAAAAUGUUGUACAGCAAAAAAACGGAUAGAAUUAAUGAUUGGUGCGGUAUGUGCAGAGUAGCAUCAACCUUUCUCUGAAAAAAAAAAAUAAAACAUUAUUUAAAAAAACAUUGGUGAGAAAACAAUUAAGGCCACGCACCUCGAUACGAAUGAGGUCCUUCUCCCCGUACAGACGGGUCAAGAUGGAGCCGGAGGCAAACAUCACGAUGAUGGGAGGGGGCGCCACGGCAGGCUGGGGCUGGGGGCUCUGCCAAACCUCCAGCUGCCGUUGGAUGGUCACGGAGUCUACAGUCUGAUGACAGCGUCACUGCGCAUGCGGCCUUUACAGCUUCCGGUGCCGGGGCCACUUUACACUCCCAGGCAGGUGCAAACAGCACACGCGGACUGUCGCCGCAUGCGGAGGGUCACUUGGAAAAGGGGGAAGGGUUGGCCGCCAUCACCAACGCGAGACAUCCUGCCGGGUUCCGGGGAUUUUUUCCUGCUGCUGCUGCAGCAUCUGCCGCAUCCAUGCCCACUGCACACAUUCGCUUUCAUCCGGCUCACGCCAUCCCCAGCAGAGACAGCCUCAACCACCGACUAGUGUUGUACCCUUCGCAAGACGUUAACGGCGGUGGCGAGCGGGACUCCGAAAUCGCCGGAAGUGACGUGCGAAAGCCCAGCUCCGGUGACGCCAACCACAGAGCUCACGCCUCCUCCGCUACGUCACUUCAUCGCCCCAAUGACAUCAUGUGUGGUCUGACGUCAUCGCAGGCGUGCGGUCAGCCCGUUCCGUCUCACUGUCCCCGGGAGUCCCCCAACUCGACCUCUGGUCUGCAGCACCUAAGCACCGCCCACUCGCACCCUGCUAUGGUCGUCGGCGCUUUCUCUGGCGUGGGAGCUGGACUUAGCUUAGACUGUGGCGGCGUCGGCGCUGGAGACAAUGGUGGAGGCAGUGAGAGCUCCAGCAGCGGCGGCGGUGGUGGUGUGAAUGGAUACGACAACACUAGAGGCGCUUUUCUGAUUCCCUCAGAUCCCAGCCUCUGGAGCGUGUUGCACGUGCAAAGGUGGCUGGAGCUGGUGUCACGUGAGCAAGGGCUGCGCGCACUCGACCCCUCGGGCUUGCGGCAUCUCGAUGGGCGGGGCCUGUGCCGCAUGAGCCGGGAGGAGCUGCAGCAGCUGGGGGUGGGGCCGUACGAGGCCGAUGUGCUGCUGACCAGCUUGACCUACAUGCGACGAGCUUGUGUAAGUCCUAUGUCACCGGAAACUGUUGGAGCGCCCACCGGCCGUCACUGGGCAUGCGCACCAUCACCUGCACACGACCCGCUUGUGUCAGUGACCAGACCAGAUAUGGAGUUUUCAAAAUACUCGUGGCUAGCAAAUACACCAUCUGGCCCACGCUCAAUUGCCUAUGGUCAGCCCACGUUUGGAGGAGCGUGUCAGGGGAAAGCCUACGCAGACCCCCCCAGUCCAACAUGGCGGAUGAGAGAUCCCUACAAGCUGUUCAGCCAACUGACCAGUCGUUUAUGCACUACAGGGUCGGGCCAGAUCCAGCUGUGGCAGUUCCUGCUGGAGCUGUUGUCUGACAACCGCAACGCCGGCUGCAUCGCCUGGGAAGGGACCAACGGCGAGUUCAAGCUCGUAGACCCGGAUGAAGUUGCCCGCCGAUGGGGCGAGCGCAAGUCCAAGCCCAACAUGAACUACGACAAACUCAGCCGCGCACUGCGCUACUACUACGACAAGAACAUCAUGACCAAGGUGCACGGCAAACGCUACGCUUACAGAUUCGACUUCGCUGGCUUGGCACAGGCCAUCCAGCCGGCACCCCCCGCGGACGCCUCCCCACCCUACCGCCCCCCGGACUGGAUGCUAGGUGCUGCCUCCACAUACGGAGCACCUCCCAAACCUCAUCUUCCUCCGUACGCCACUUCUGCUCCCCAGAUGAACCCGGGACUUCUUGGCCCAGGCCACGCCUACUGGGCGGGACAUCAACAUCCAGCACACCACCACCAUCACCAUCACCACCACCACCCAGGAGCCAUGUACCCGGGGUUGCAGGCACCCGGCAUCAGCGGGCCCUCAGCACCACUCACGUCCCAUCUGAGUUCUUGCUACGCCUGAGUGAUCUUCUGUGACAUCCAAUGACUGUCACCUUUGUCCGAGGAUUCUCAGCCUCGGUGACUGCAUGUCUGUAUUUCUCUUUUAGAGCUGUGAGUGACUCCACGACUCUACCUGACAGACAAACAUGAAGAAGCUAAAGGGUUUGCAUGUAGUCUAAAUGUUACAAAAGACAUCGUCACAUAAAUAAAAUACAAACUGAAAAACUCGCAUAAAAAUACAAAUAUACAAGUGAAAGACAUCGCAUAUAAAAAUACAGCUCGAAAGCUCGUAUUUGACUUUCUAUUGUACCCAGGGUGUGCAGUGAUGUCGUGCAUGACUUGGUUUAACCCUGACAAGCAGCAGGCAGUGUGGUGGACCUGUGGUCCUUCCCAUUGCAAUGAACUGCGAGUGACCUUUGAUAACAGACCUCGAAACGCUGUCAGCACAGCCAUGAGACUAGAGAGUACCACGUGAUCUCUGGAGGAACUGGAAGUCCACGGAUCAUUUGAU